GGCUGUCACGACUCGGACGCUGCUGCUGCUGCUGCUGCUGCGGGAGGAACCAUGGCGAUGAAGGCGCUCAGAGGGAUGGUGAACGGGGCCAUGAGCGAGCUCUCCUCGGCCGUCAGCGGGAACCGACCGGCGGCUUCGACCGCCGCCUCCCGGGAGCAUGUGAUGGCCGUGCGCCGGGAUUAUAUAUCCCAACCCCGCCUCACCUAUAAAACAGUGUCUGGAGUCAACGGCCCGCUGGUGAUUUUGGACGAGGUGAAGUUUCCGAGGUACGCAGAGAUCGUCCAUCUCACCCUGCCUGACGGCACCAAGAGGAGUGGGCAGGUGCUGGAGGUCACCGGCUCCAAAGCUGUGGUUCAGGUGUUUGAGGGGACGUCAGGUAUCGAUGCCAAGAAGACCAGCUGUGAGUUUACAGGAGACAUCUUGCGGACACCUGUCUCUGAGGACAUGUUGGGUCGUGUGUUUAAUGGAUCUGGUAAACCUAUCGACAGAGGACCAGCAGUCAUGGCUGAAGACUUCUUGGACAUCAUGGGUCAGCCUAUUAACCCUCAGUGUCGUAUCUACCCUGAGGAGAUGAUCCAGACCGGCAUAUCUGCUAUCGAUGGCAUGAACAGCAUCGCCAGAGGGCAGAAAAUACCCAUCUUCUCUGCAGCAGGGCUACCACACAAUGAGAUCGCAGCUCAGAUCUGUCGGCAGGCCGGUUUGGUAAAGAAGUCCAAGGACGUGAUGGACUACAGUGAGGACAACUUCGCCAUCGUAUUUGCAGCCAUGGGGGUGAACAUGGAGACUGCCAGGUUCUUUAAGUCCGACUUUGAGGAGAACGGUUCCAUGGAUAACGUCUGUUUGUUCCUCAACCUGGCAAACGACCCCACCAUUGAGCGAAUCAUCACUCCUCGUUUAGCGCUGACAUCAGCAGAGUAUCUGGCCUAUCAGUGUGAGAAGCACGUCCUCGUCAUCCUCACCGACAUGAGCUCCUAUGCGGAGGCUCUCCGAGAGGUGUCUGCAGCCAGGGAGGAGGUGCCGGGCCGGCGAGGAUUUCCUGGUUACAUGUACACAGAUUUGGCCACCAUCUAUGAGAGAGCUGGCAGAGUAGAAGGACGCAACGGCUCCAUCACCCAAAUCCCCAUCCUCACCAUGCCCAAUGACGACAUCACCCAUCCUAUUCCCGACCUGACUGGUUACAUCACUGAGGGACAAAUCUAUGUGGACAGACAACUUCACAACAGACAGAUUUAUCCUCCCAUCAACGUGCUGCCGUCUCUCUCUCGUCUGAUGAAGUCUGCCAUCGGGGAGGGAAUGACCCGCAGAGACCACUCUGAUGUUUCCAACCAGCUCUAUGCGUGUUAUGCCAUAGGGAAGGACGUCCAGGCCAUGAAGGCAGUGGUGGGGGAGGAGGCUCUGACAGCUGAUGACCUGCUCUAUCUGGAGUUCCUGACCAAGUUUGAGAAAAACUUCAUCUCCCAAGGUGCCUACGAGAACAGGAGUGUGUUUGAGACUCUGGACAUCGGAUGGCAGCUCAUGAGGAUCUUCCCCAAGGAGAUGCUGAAGAGGAUCCCUCAGAGCACCUUAGCGGAGUUUUACCCCCGAGAAGCCAAACAUUAACCAGACACACUCAUCGGUAUCUCCAGCAGUCCUGCCGCUUCCUUCCUGUUUCAGUGACGUGUCACUGCAUACAUACAGUAUCGUGAUGAUGUGCUGCUGUAACUGUCUCGACGCUUGUGACGUUCACAACAAACCAUUCCUGCUUAAACAACCAGAAACACACAGAGGGAAGUACUCCAACAUACACAGAGGCUUGUAUGAGUUUACAGUGUGAAUGUGUAGAGGAAGAGAACAGUGUCUUCAUGUCGUUAACGUGUGUGAUAAUGAUGAGGAUAUUUUUAUUAAGGUGUCAUGACUGCAAGUAGCCAAGUCCAAAAAUAAAGAAAAUAAUAAUCAUAACUUCUUCAGGUUUUCAGACCGUCGUGUAGACACAAGGAUAAAUUAAAAAUCAGAUGCUCCAAUAAUCCAUCAUGCCCUCUUAAAGUUUUGUUAAAGGAACAGGUCGCAUUUUAGGUAAUUCGCCAUCUUGGUUUUUUUAGGAACCAGACACCUGACAUAACCAUAUUUGGAUGAGAGGGUGGCACUAGAUAGCUUGGUUAGCAAGGUGCAUCUGUAAUUCAUGUUAACUGUGAUAUUAGCUGUGAUGCUAAUUUUGGCUAGCUAAAAAAAACAGGCUUAAAACCAAACAUACUUACCUGAAACCAGCGCAGGUUAAAUGUACAUAGAGCAGCAGAUACAAGUUGUGCUUUCUGGUCUAUGUUCCUCUAAAUGGGACCAUAAUUUACUAAAUGAACAUCAUGCUGUGUUGAAGAAGACUUGAAACUAGCGACUGAGACCAUAAACUCAUCAGGAAAGUGUUUACUGAGGGAAUAAAUCAGCUGAGAAGUAGAAACAUUUUCUCAUAGACUUCUACGCAAUCUGACAUCUUUUGCAGCCGGUGGAGUCGCCCCCUGCAGGCUGUUAGAGAGAACGCAGGUUUAAGGCACUUGAGCAUUGGCUUCACUUUUCAGACCCGAAGGUUCCUGCUUAAUAAUAAUCAGUGAGCUUUAGGUGUUGGUAGAUGGAUUUUGUUACCUUUGGACAGGACCAGGCUAGCUGUUUCCCCCUGUUUCCAGUCUUUAUGCUAAGCUAACUGGAUGCUACAUACAGACAUGAAAGUGGCAUCAAUCUGAAAAUCUAACUCUCGGCAAGAAAGAAAAAUCUUUUCUCCAAAAUGUCAAACUGUUUCUUUAAAGGUACCAUGUUGAGUUUUUUUACGACUAGUUGCACUAUGGAGGAAUGUUUUGACCAGCUUUUCAUCAGCUUAGAGAAAGUUUUAUAAGGACUUGCAUUCAACAUGUUGGUUUGAGGAUUCACGCAAUGCAAUUUGUUUUGUUUGUUUACAAGAAAACUCCACAGUGCGCCUUUAACGUUAGUGUUUCGCUGUCCUCUCGGCUUGAAACCACUGCUGGCUGUGGUUGGGUGGGGUCAGAAGUGUUGCACCUGUAACCACACCCAACAGUGGAGUACACGUGUACGUCACUGCGGCAAGGUGAGCAGUUAAACCCCUGGAGGUCAACAGAAACACGAUUUUCAAGGGAUGUGAAGUGACUCUUUAAAAUGCAUAUAUGUCCUUAAUUUUGAUAUUUUCAGAAACUUUUCUUCAAAUUUUUCUAAAAGCUCACCUUUACCAGAAAGUAUUCCUGUAGAUAUAGAGCACAUCCGCCUCGUCAAGAACAGAGUAAAGCGGUUCAGCCCGUAGAGAACUGUGCGAUGUACUCCAAAAUAAACACCUCGCUAUCUAUUCUUGAAAGGCUAAAGUAAAGCGUUACCUGUUGAGUCAACAUUUAUCUGUGUAAACACGCUGCAGCUGCUGCAUGAAUAACAGCCUCAUCUCCAAAGUUUGAUGACAGGCGUGUGCGCUCAUUAAACUGACGUCUUUCGGCUGUCGCGACCUUGCACACGAUCGUGACACAUGUACUGCCAUGAGGUACGAGGCCUCGUUUGGAAGAAUGCGAUUUCUUUUAUUUGACACUUUCCAAGAAAGCAAUGUCUGUAGUGUGAGUGCCAGAAGAUGAAGUUACAUUAGAGCAUUUUAACGUUGAUGAUAUGUGAGGAAGAUGUGUGGUUUAAAAGAAAUGUCCCAUCAUUCCUUCCCUGCUUGAUGUUGUUCUUAGAUUAGCUUUGUUUUAUGCUGUGUUGUUCAGUGAUGAUAGUGUUUCAUGUUUUUAUGUGUAUUAUCUUUAGGUUCUCUACUUGAACACAUCAGCCUUGAAAUAUGUAUACAUUAUGUAUUUCUGUAUGAACAGUGUGUGCAUAUUGGCUGGAUGUAUUAAUCAGCUUGCAUGCAUUGACGUUGAAUGUUUCCUGUUGGUGCCUCAAGUGUCAUGAAAUAAAAGCUGCUGUCUCUGA